UAUUGGACCGUAGAAGAAGAAGCAGCUUGUUGUGAAAGUAAUCAGCUGACUGUUCAGGCUGAAGCUAUUUUAUAUCCUCAUACUAUAAUGAUAUAAUAUAUAUAAAAUAACUUUAAUACAUCACACUCAAACAACAACAUGGCGUUCAUCACAGCCAACUGGAACCCGUUGGGAGAAGCUUUUUAUCGUAAAAUGGAGCUGUAUGAGAUGUGUUGGAGCUUGGGGGAUGGACUCAGAGACUGUUUGGUGGCUGCAGCUCCAUAUGGAGGACCAAUAGCUCUUCUCAGAGAACCUCAUAGACGUUCUCCGAGUUCUCGUCCUCAGUUAGAGAUUUAUUCUGCGUCUGGAGUCGCCAUCGCCAGCUUCCCGUGGAAGAGCGGUCCUGUGGUUCAAUUGGGUUGGACGGUCAGCGACGAGCUUUUGUUUAUUCAAGAGGACGGAUCGGUUCUGAUCUACGACGUGUUUGGAUCCUUCAAGAGACACUUCAGUAUGGGACAGGAAGUGGUCCAGUCUCAGGUGCUAGAAGCCAAAGUCUUCCACUCUCCUUACGGAACAGGCGUCGCCAUAGUAACGGGUUCCUCACGAUUCAUCUUGGCAACUAACAUCGACGACCUGAAGCUCCGGAGGUUACCUGAAGUCCCCGGUCUCCAGGGGACGCCGUCCUGCUGGGUUGUCCUUACUCAGGACCGACAGACUAAAGUCCUGCUGUCCAACGGACCUGAACUCUACAUCCUGGACAACACUUCCUGCACUGCUGUGUGUCCUCCAGGUCUCGGUCCUCAGGCCGGCAGUAUCGUCCACAUGUCUGUGUCUUUCAGCUAUAAGUACCUGGCUCUCUUCACGGACACUGGACACUUGUGGACAGGCUCCUCCCACCUCCAGGACAAACUGAUUGAAGUCGAUACCAAAAAGACAACGCCUCCCAAACAGAUGGUCUGGUGUCGCAGACCGAAGAGUCAGCAGCCGUCUGUGGUGUUGAUGUGGGACAAACUGCUGAUGGUGGCUGGAGUCUGUCAAGACAACAUCCAGUUCCCGAUAGAGGAUCUGUGUGUUCUGGUCGGAGAGCUGGACGGAGUUCGGAUCAUCAGCUCGACCAAUCAGGAGCUGCUUCAGGAGGUUCCUCUCGUUUGUCAGGAAAUCUUCAAGAUUGCCUCCAUGGCUCCUGGAGCUCUGCUCCUGGAGGCGCACCGAGAGUACGAGAAGUCGAGUCAGAAGGCUGAUGAGUACCUGAGGGAGAUCAAGGAGCAAAGCAUGCUGGGAGAAGCAGUCCGACAGUGUGUGGAGGCGGCAGGACACGAAUACGACUCCAACACCCAGAAGUCCCUGCUGAGGGCGGCGUCCUUCGGGAAGUGUUUCCUGACCGACUUCAGUCCGGAUCCGUUUGUGUCGACCUGCAGAGAGCUGCGCGUGCUGAACGGCGUCAGAGAGAGCAGCGUAGGACUGCCGCUCACUCACACCCAAUUCAAACAGAUGACUCUACAGGUGCUGAUCGACAGAUUGGUGUAUCGACAAUUUUAUCCUUUAGCGAUAGAAAUCUGCCGUUACCUGAAGAUUCCAGAUUAUCAGGGAGUCAGUCGAGUGCUCAAACACUGGGCCUCAUGCAAGGUGCAGCAGAAGGACCUGACAGACGAGGCCAUCGCCCGGGCGGUGUGUGUGAAGGUGGGAGACUCACCUGGUGUUUCUUACUCGCACAUCGCAGCCAAAGCUUACGAGUGUGGACGCACUGAGCUCGCCAUCAAGCUGUUGGACUUUGAGGCUCGCUCCGGGGAGCAGGUUCCUCUGCUGUUGAAGAUGAAGAGGAGUCAGCUGGCUCUCAGUAAAGCUGUGGAGAGUGGAGACACUGACCUAGUUUACACCGUGGUGACGUACCUGAAGAACGAGAUGAACAGAGGCGACUUCUUCAUGACUCUGAGGAACCAACCGGUUGCACUGAGCCUCUACAGACAGUUCUGUAAGCUGCAGGAACAGGAAACUCUGAAGGAUCUUUAUAAUCAGGACGAUGAUCAUCAGGAACUGGCAAACUACCACGUUACAGCGAGCUACAGAGAAAAGAGGUUAGACAGCCGUCUGUCUCUCCUACAGAGUGCUGUAGACGAAUACAACAAGGCCAAGAACGAGUUUUCUGCAAAGGCCACAGAGGACGAGAUGCGUCUCCUGCGUUUCCAACGCAAACUGGAUGACGAGAAAGGGGCGGGGCUUCUGGGCCUUUCAUUACAGGCCACCAUGGAGGCUCUGCUGGCUUUAGGACUCCACAAACAGGCAGAACAACUUUACAGAGACUUCAAAGUUCCUGACAAAAGGUAUUGGUGGUUGAAGCUGAAGUCUCUGGCGGAGAAAGAGGAGUGGGACGAGUUGGAGAAGUUCUCAAAGAGCAAGAAGUCUCCUAUUGGCUACCUGGCGUUUGUUGACGUUUGCAUGAAGAGCAACAACAAGUACGAAGCCAAGAAGUACGUUUCCAAGGUGACGCCAGAGCAGAGGGUCAAAGCUCACCUGGCAGUCAGCGACCUGGAGGGAGCGGCAGACGCUGCCAUCGAGCGUAAGAACGAAUCAGAGAUGGGGGCGGUGCUCGCCAGAUGCUCCGCCUCCGAUCACCUGCUGAUUGACAGGCUGAACAGAGCUGCCGCCGCCAAAAAGUGAUCCUCCAUUCAGGGAGACAGCCGACGGUCUGCUGCCAGAAAGUGAUCCUUCUGUUUCCAGCUGAUACUGCAGAUGCAGUUUGAAUAUUUGAGAGUAGAAGAAGAGAAAGACGCAGUUUUCUUCUUCUGUGUUUCUGUCUGAACUUACUGGUCAUUUCCUGUUGUUGCCCCUUCAAAUUAAAAGCCUUUCCCCAGAGAACCAUCAGGAUGUGUUAUUACUGUUUUUUGUUAUAUUUUAUUUUUUUUGUUAUAUUGUGCCUGAGUUCCCUGGAUAACAUUAUAUGAAUUUAAUAUUAUCCCUCGUAAUGUCCUCCCGAUGCCAUACACCUUUUCUCCUCUGCGGUCAAAAAUGACCCCGCCUGGUUUGACUGUUAUUUAAUAUUUGAACUUUGAUCAUUUUUUAAAAUUAAUUUCUUCUUUGUUUAAAUUUAUUUUAUUUACGUGAAGCUUUGAUUAUUCUCUGGUCUAAAUGUCUAUUUUAAGUUCAUAAGAAAUCUAAAUAAAUGGUUAUAAGUGAA